AUGGUGGAUCUUUCAAUAUACUGCGUAAGGAAUGUGGUACUUGAGGUCACAGGUGAUGAUGGCGCGAUUACCCGCACCACACUCCAGAGGGACCUCGUGCUGCGCAAAGAAGUCGGCAAUGCACGUCUAGUGAGCGGUGAUGUUGUGUUGUGGGUUGGAAACGGUCUGCUGACCCACAAGGACUCGACGUUGGACUCGAUGCCCACUCGCACCAUGCGCGUGGAGAACAAUAAGCGGCGCUUUGUGUUUUCAGUGCCGUUGGACACUGCUGGCAGGCAAUUCUACGCAGAACUGAAGGAUCAGAUGGACGAAAAAUCGCGCGCAGAGAUUCGCCAGAAAAAGCGCAAGAUUCGCAAACAGCUGAGUCAAGUAAUGGGUUUCACACCCGUUAACACGCUGAAGAGCCCAUUAAAGAGCCCUUCUACGCUGCCUAGGAACCCCGCUAUAAAGUCAUCCAUAACGGUCAAACGCAGUCCGCUAGCGGACAUUCGUAUACCACAAGCAACGCAAGUGACACUCCCAUCACCGUCGUCGGUCACUACAAAGGGGUCGACUUCAUCUCUAACCUCCCCGUUGCGGUCACCAUUUCGGUCGCCAUUUCGCAAGAAAGCGCGUCUUUCACAAAGCCCUUCAGAUAGGAUAGAGGACUUCAAGUCACCGUCGUUGCGAUCUCCAGCACGUGAAUGGCUCAGUCCUGCUCGAUCACAAAAGCUGCGGAGCGGUCCGACUCGGUCAGAUUUAAAACGGCACAGCAGCCAUACGUUGGAAAGCCAGAGUACACAGAAUACAGAGAAUGGUAGUGGUAGUCCUGGAGAACCAUGCCGCCGGAAGCCAAUGACAGGUGUGAUAAGCAAGCGAGUGCGCUCACUUCAAUUGAUGAUGGACAACGAAUCGACUGCCAAGGAGCUCGAAGUAGAAGCGAAGACGAAAAUUACCUCUCACUUUUUCAAAACAAAUUUGCCCCAAAGUUCUAAUUGCGGCGGUACCACUCGAGCAUUGGAUGUGUCAAUGGAGUCUGUUGCUACAGUGGAAACGGACCAUACCGAUGCUACUAAUACCAGUCCUGAUGACUCAGUGACAGAUGGAAUUUUUAGGAGCACGCACGGCUUGUUGAACUUGGGGAACUACUGCUACAUGAAUGCUGUUGUGCAAGCAUUGGCAGCUCUUCCUGAGUUCGUGGAAGCUGUUCAAAAUGAGGAGAAUCUGCUUAAGGUCAUCCGAAAACAGCCUCAGCCAAGUGUUAGGGUCAAGACAAUGGGUCAACUCAAGACCGUGUUCGAGGAAUGGCGACACAGUGGCGACACUAAACAUCUUCCGCUGCAGCACGCAUUGAGUCAGUUGCUUCAGCUUGUGAUUAACGGCAGUGAGACAUCAAUCAAUCCGGAACCUCUCAAGAACGUGAUGGGAAAGAGUAACUCAAUCUUUGCAAGCCACUUCCAGCAGGACGCACACGAGUUUUUGCUAAAUCUCGUAACAGAGUAUGAAAAAGAACUUGUGGAAAUGGUUCGUGAAGUGACGGAGAAAAUUCAGACAGAGGCUACGUCGUCCCCUCAUGUACAGAGGAGCAGUCUCUUGACUUUUUUUCGCAACGGAACCAAGGCGAAUGAAAAUAAGCAUGAGGCAGAGAAUAAGUCGGCUGAAGCUGAUCUGGAAUUAAUUUGUCGGCUGCCGCCGGCAAAAUGCUUUCGGGCGGAAUUGAACCGGACGUUGACCUGCCGACAUUGUGGAUACAGUCGAAAGCAGGCCGAAACGUUUUAUGAUUUCUCGCUUGACCUGCCUUACUACCCUGCUCCAGGUCUAGAACCCACGGCAGAGCAGGAGCCUCAAGCGCCACCGUCGCCUGAACGACAGUGUUUCUGCAACCUGACUCCUGUGUCAGCGGGGGAGGGUAAUGAGCGCUACUAUUGCUGUCCAAAGUCCUCCUGCAGUUAUCGGGAAAAGCUUGCAGAGAAUGAAGGAUGCGCUCAAUCUCCUACAAGAAUGGCGGACAUAGGGACGAAAUCGAUUCUAUCGACUCCUACAAAUGACUGGUUAGCGCGACCAGCUCCGAUUGAGUUAGACACUCUGCUUCAGAAGCAAUUUGAAACGGAGGUGUUGGAGCUAACUUGCGAGAAGUGCAAAGGUGGCAAGGAAGCAGAGUCAAUGUAUCGGGUCAAGUUACUGCCAUCGGUACUCGUUUUGCAUCUGAAGCGCUUUGAGGUAAAUCCUCAUACUGGUGCUUUGUUCAAGCGAUGCGACCCGGUGGUACCCCCUGCUGUAAUUUAUCCGACUCGUUCGGUCAACAGUUCUACUUCAUCGGGGCAGGAAUCGCGAUACGUGUUAAAAAGUGUCAUUCAUCAUUUAGGCAAGAGUAUUGAUGAAGGACACUACGUCGCUGACGUAUGCGAUGCCCAGGGUCAAUGGAUUCGCCGAAACGAUACGCAUGAGUCGAAGAUAUCAGAAGGUUAUGCAUUACAAUCGUACCGAAGCCAGGAGUCAUGCUACAUGUUUUUUUACGUGAAGUCGGAGAGAAUUAGUACCGAUGAAGGCAAGGAAAAUACGACAUUCUUUUCCAUCGCACUUGACCUCGUGACAAUGCCGCUCUGCGCCGCCUGUUGCACCACUAAAGGUUUUAACAAAUUUCACGGCGGACAGCGACGUUUGCCUCGUCCAGUGUGUAAGGAAUGUUUUCGCAUUGGGAAAAAACCGGUAGAUCUUAGUGGCGAGCCCGAGAAAUUGCUGAUUCGAACCUCAGGCGACAAGAAAUCCGUCAGUUUAGCAGAUUUUCGAUUGCUUAGUGUCAUUGGACAAGGUGCAUUUGGAAAGGUGCUAUUGGUGCGACAUUCUACUACUGGAAAAGUGCACGCAAUGAAGAUCAUCAGUAAAAAGUUUGUCAUUGAUAUGGACAGCUUGCACUACAUGAAAACGGAACGAGAUGUCAUGACAAAGAUGCGCCACCCUUUCGUGAUCGGGCUGAAUUAUGCUUUUCAAACGGAGUCAAAGGUUUAUCUCGUGAUGGAGUAUCAGCCGGGUGGAGAACUAUUUUCUUAUUUGAAAGAAGAAGGCACGUUCACCGAGGACACCGUUCGAUUCUACCUGGCCGAAAUGAUUCUAGCAUUGGAACAUCUUCACGGACACGGCAUCACGCACCGUGAUUUAAAACCCGAAAACGUUCUCAUCUCAGUCGAAGGGCAUAUCAAGCUGACUGACUUUGGUUUGGCAAAGGAGUACGUCGAAGGACAGGACUUAUUGACAGUGUGUGGGACAAAAGAAUACAUGGCACCAGAGAUGCUACUCGGCAAGGGGUAUGAUUCUGCUGUAGACUGGUGGUCACUUGCCAAGCUCCAAUUGCCACGAUGGCUGUCCAGUGAAGCUCACUCGCUGAUCAAGUCCCUUUUGGAACGCAAUGUGAGCAAAAGACUUGGCGGGGGCAAGUCUUCCAUGUUUGUGUUCAAGGGAGUACAGGCUCUUAAACGCCACCCCUUUUUCAAGCCAGUGAACUGGGAGAAGAUGGAAACUCUGCGCAUCCCUCCUCCCAGAGUACCAAGCAUUUCUGAUGAAGCUGACACAAGCAAUUUUGACAAGAAAUUUACAGAAAUGCCAGCUCUAGACAUGAUGUGCGAAGCAGUUAUUGAAGAACAUAGCAACUUGUUUCGUGGAUUCUCGUUUUGUCGGCAAGACAGCAUCACCUCAAACCCGCAGUCACCGAUCAACACGGCAAUGCUACUACCAACAAUCGCAAGUCUAGUUCUCGAUGGUGACAAUAUCAAGGACAUCAAUGACGCUAUUGCUUCAGCAACUAGUAAACAGGCUGUAAGCCCGUAA